GUGUGGGUAUGUAUGUGUGUGCGUGGACAACAUAAACAUGCGUAUGCGAGUGUGGGAUCACCCGCUCUCACACGCUCACACACUAACGGCACGACACAUCUGCCCACCUUUAACAAAAAAAAACGGGAGACAAGCGAGCCAAGUGUUUUUUUUCUGCAAUGUCGAUGAUGUAACCAAGAUGUCAUAACCAGUGUCUCCCCUUCUCCCCUUUUCGCUCCCUGUCUCUCUCCUCGUUUCUGUCUGUCUGCCUGUCUGUUGAUCUGUCUCUUUUUUUUUUGCUCAGCCUUUUUUCUCUCUCUUCCUCCGCUCGCUUCGCCUCGCGUGCUCGCUCCCUGGCGUCUUCUUGGUCGCUGACGGAGCAGCGUCUCUCAGCCGGUCGUGUCGUGCGGGUGCUCGCUCGCUCAGGCUCAGGGCUAAAGAGUUGCCGCACGCUCUCGUCUCUGGAGCUGCUGCCACAGCUUGUCUAGCAGCCGCCGCUGUUGUUUCACUAGGCUACGCUCCGCUCUGCUACGCCGUGUCUCUGCCUGUCUGCCUCGUCACAGUCUUUUCUCACAGCGGCGGGGACGAGAGAGACGCCAGUGGCAGCGGCGGGCAGUGAAACCGAGAGAAAUCUGUGGCUAACUAGAAAUGAAAACGCCAAAAGCAGCAUCUGUCUACGUUUGUGUGUGUUGUGUAAGAGAGAGAGAGAGCUCACAAGCAAUAGAGGAAGAUAGAGAGCCAGAGAAGGAGAGAGAAAGAGACGGAGUGAGAGAAAGGAUGGGACAGGGAGAUGCAAGCGAGGGGUUAUUUGGGUUAAUCCAGGCAACGGGCAGUAGUGGCGAGCCGAAGCGAGCGUUUGUUGAGCAAGCGAGCGAGGAAGCAAGCAGUCAUAAUGAGGAAGCGACCGUCUCAGUGCAACCCGCCGGCCAGCCAGCCACCCAGGCAGGCAGUGUUGCCGCUUCCCCAUGCUGUCCGCCAUGGAGCCGGUCCGAUCCAAGAACAACAGCCGCUCUUCUGCCACCGCCGCCGCCGCCUACACCUGAGAGAGGGUCCGGGAGAAGGCAGGCUCCUCUGCCACUGCUGACACGGUUAGCAAGAGAACCGCCGCGAGAGGUGGCACAUAGGCACAGGGCAAGAUGAGGAGAACGACAACCUGGCAGAAGAUAAGUAGAACUUGGAUGGAUGGAUGGGUGGAUGGAGGGGGAAUAGAGAGGCGCGAUGGAGAGCUGAAGAGCCGCAGUGGAGAGGAGCGAGACUGAGCGACGGAGGCAGAGCGCUUGAGACAGCGGACGGAUUGAGAAGAGAAGAAGCUCGGGGCUGGAAGAGCCGCCGCUAAACCGCCUUCAAGUACAAAACACUGAGUGUUUUGCGGGCGACUCCGGUGCAUGGCCCCAGAGGAAGUGGCCAGAUGGAAAUCGGGUCACAUGACCACCUGGCGGAAGGCGUGCUGAGCCGGGAAGCGACCAAUGGCGGAGGAGAUGUGAACGGGGGAGCGGAAACGGAGGGUCUUCUUCUGGGUGGCGGAGAAGUAGGGAAGCCGAUUGGCGUGACACAGCCUCAGACCACGUGGGGGGGACCCGAAGGAGCCCUGAGCCAUGACAAAGCCCCUUACCCCCCUCUUCAGGUGCCGCCGCUGUCCCAGGCCCAUCCGCCACUACCGCCGCCAUCACCUCAUCAGCAGCAGCAGGGCUGCUGGGGCGAGGCAGGAGCACUUACUACAGUGGACAUGGAGGACGCCAAGAACCUCAUGGCCUUCUCUACCGGAGCCAGGUCCAUGACCCCAUCGUCAUCGUCAUCCACCCCCCACCCCCACUCUGAGCCUCAGGCCUGCACCUCUCAGCUCUACCAGAAGUUCAGCCGGGAGAUGGCUGGAAGGACGGACGGCGGCAGCAAGGGAGCUGCUGGAGCUCCCGGCUGGGGCGGCGGAGAGAGCGGAUCCGAGCGCUCUCUCCCCGAGGACAUCACCACGCUGCAGACGGCCCUGAGCCAGGCCAGGCACGGCCACAAGCCCCCCAACUGUGACUGCGACGGGCCCGACUGCCCCGACUACCUGGAGUGGCUGGAGAAGAAGAUCAAGCUGGCGGCCGACGGUGGUCAGACGGCGCAGCUCCCCCAGCCACCACACCCACACUCACAGCACCCGCAGCAGCACCAACAGCAGCAGCACCCGCAUAUCCCAACACCUAACCAGCCCAACGGUGUUCCACCUCCUCAGCACACACCGGCUGAGAAGGGAGUUCUCUCCCUCCCUCCGGGCGCCCCAGCUCCUAUCCCGUGCUCCCCCAGUGUGCUGUCCAUCGCCAAGGAGAAGAACAUCAGCCUGGAGACGGCCAUCGCCCUGGAGGCUCUCACCCAGCUGUCGUCCACCAACCCCGAGACAGUGGUGCCCCCGGCGGAGGCGGCCUUCGCCGGGCACCCCCACCACCCCCACCACCCCCAGUCCAUGAACCCCCAGCACGGUGGCAGGAUGGUGUCGGCAUCCCCUUCCUCCUCUUCUUCUUCUUCUUCUUCCGUCCAUCCUGGUCUGGAUGCCCAGCAGUGGGAGCAGCACAGGCCCCAGUCUCAGCCCCACCACCACCCCCUGCCCGCAUACUCCCCCUCGCCCUUCCCCAGCCCACACCACCCGCAGCAGGACGGCACUCGGAGCCCCAUGCCCCCCCAGCCUUGGCAGCAGCAGCAGAGCCCCAUGGGUGGCUCCAACUCACCCAGACCCCAGAUGUGGAUGGGCAUGAACCCCGAGUCCCAGUCCCAGUCCCAGUCCCAGCAGCAGCAGCCUCGGUACCCCCAUAUGCCGCAGGCCAGCGGUGCAGCGGGAGGAGGAGACCCCAUGUCCGAGCUGAAACAGCUGCUGGGCGACCCCAACGGGAAGUACAACCACGCUCCAGGCUUCCGGUUCCCCGCUCCGUCACCCCAGGGUGACAGCAAGCAGGGGGGCGGCGGCAGCAGCAGCAGCCCACAUGUGAGGACCCCCACCAUCAAACAGGAGCCGGACAGCGACAGAGAGUACAUGGCUGCCAUGUCCCGGUACUUGAUGAACGGUCAGCAGCAGCAGCAGCAGCAGUAUCCCCCGUCCCCUCUGUCCCCCAUGUCCAUCAGGCACUCGACUCAGGCAGCACUUCAGCAGCACCUUCACCACAAGCGCAACCUCUUCUCCGGCCCCCAGUCUCCCGGCGGCGUGAUGAUGCGGCCCGGGAUGGCGCCGCCCCCGCCGCCUUACGUCGGACCCGGCGGACCGCAGAACCUCCGCAAGUGGUGGCCCCAGCAGCAGAUGAUGGGCGGCCCCGACAUGAUGAUGCCCAUGAUGCCCAUGAUGCCCGCCGGCACCAUCAAGCAGGAGCCCAAGGAGUCCAAGAAGAGGACGCCGCAGAGCUCGCCGCUCAGCAAGCUGGGCCCGCCGCUGCCCAAGCCCAAGGCGAUUGUCAUCAAGAAGGUCAAGCAGAAGGCCUCGCUGCCCGUCUUCCUGCCGCAGCAGCAGAUCGUCAUGGACAAGGCCGCGGCCAAGGCCCAGGCGCAGGCCCAGGCGCAGGCUCAGGCCCAGCUUCUGCUCGGCAUGCAGGCCAACGAUGCGGUCCCGUCGUCGCCUCUGCCCUUCUUGAACCCAUCUCAGGCUGCAGUGGCUGCCAUGCCCCUUGCAGCUCAAUCUCAGGAAUCCAUGUUCAACAGUUGCAGUGUUCCCUCCUCCUCCUCCUCUUCCUCCUCCUCGACUUCCAGCGUUGUCCCUGGAAACGCACCCGCGUCCAUGCCCGCAUCCGUCCCUCCAACUACGCUUCCCAAUGCCCUGCCCACACCCACCACGCCGCAAGAAGAUUCGGCCACCUCAGGCUCCACACCCGGCACUUCCACCGCCACCACCACACCUCAGACCUCCACAGCAGCUCCUCUCCUCUCAGGUCUGCGCUCGCUAGACCCCAAGCUCGAGGACCUGAUCCGCCAGUUCGAGGAGGAGUUCGGGGACACCCCGACCACAACAACCACGUCGGCUACCGCCACGGACACCCCAUCGGCGGCAGCUGCGGCUGUCGCCACCAGCACCGCCAUCUCCAGCACCGCCACCGCUCCCAGCUCCCAGGCCCCACAACAAGGCUCUGCUCCUCAGCCAGAGGCCAUGGAGCUCCAAGAAGGUGCUAACUCAGGGCAAGCUAAACCCACAUCGCCACCCUCCUCUUCAGAGCAGCCUGCUGCCAGCUUCCCCCAGACCGCCUCAAGUGGUCCUAGUGCUCCAGCUACUCCCACCACCCUGUCCUCCUCCUCCUCCGCCAUGAUGAGCCAGACCCUCAGUCAGCCGGGCCAGGUGGUGCCCUCGUCGCCCGCGGACCCCCUGGCGCCUGUCUCUCUGGAGGCGCAGCUGCAGCUGCAGCUCCAACAGCAGCAGCAGUGCCAAACGCAGCCGCCGGUGGGUGCAAUGCAGCUCCACCAGGACCCCUUCGCCACGCCGGGCUCGCCGGCCAGCAAGCGGAUGAAGAUCGAGUCGUCCGGAGGCGUGACGGUGCUCUCCACCACCACCAGCUGUUUCACGCCGGGCGGCGGCGGCGGGGAGAUGGACAGCCCCACCACCCCCCUCACGCCCUCGCUCAAAGGCUUCCUGGAGUCGCCGCUGCAGUACCUGGACACGCCCACCAAGAACCUGCUGGACACGCCGGUCAAGGCCGAGGCCGAUUUCCCCACAUGUGACUGCGUGGAGCAUAUUCUGGAGAAGGACGAGGGGCCAUACUAUAACCACCUGGGCGCUGGGCCCACCGUGGCCUCCAUCCGAGAGCUUAUGGAAUCCAGGUACGGUGAGAAAGGAGACGCCGUCCGCAUUGAAAAAGUGGUUUACACGGGGAGAGAAGGCAAGAGUUCUCAGGGAUGCCCCAUCGCAAAAUGGGUGAUUCGGCGUGGCAGUGAGAAGGAGAAGAUUCUGUGCCUGGUGCGCCACCGUCACGGGCACCACUGUGCCAACGCCGUCAUCAUCAUCCUCAUCCUGGCCUGGGAGGGCGUGCCGCGCCCCUUCGCUGACAAGCUCUACAAGGAGAUCAGCGACACCAUCACCCAGUACGGCAACGCCACCAGCCGCCGCUGCGCCUUCAACGACGAUCGCACCUGUGCGUGCCAGGGGAAGGACCCUGAUAAGUGUGGCGCUUCCUUCUCCUUCGGCUGCUCCUGGAGUAUGUACUUCAACGGCUGCAAGUAUGCCCGCAGCAAGCAGCCUCGCAAGUUCAGGCUGCAGGGCGACCGCCCAGAGCAGGAGGGGAAUCUCGGGGAUAACUUCCAGAAUCUGGCCACGCACUUGGCCCCCCUGUACAAGCAGCUGGCCCCCCAGGCCUACAGCAACCAGUGUCUGCACGAGGAGGAGGCUUCAGACUGUCGACUGGGGCUGAGGGAAGGGAGGCCUUUCUCUGGAGUCACGGCCUGCAUGGACUUCUGUGCCCACGCUCAUAAGGACCAGCACAACCUGCACAAUGGCUGCACUGUGGUGUGCACUCUGACGAAAGAAGACAAUCGUGCAGUGGGCAUGAUCCCUGAUGACGAGCAGCUGCACGUGCUUCCCCUCUACACCGUCUCGCCGGCCGACGAGUUUGGCAGCGUGGAGAACCAGCGCCGCAAGAUGGAGUCGGGCGCCAUCCAGGUGCUCAACAACUUCCGCCGCGAGGUGCGCAAGCUGCCCGAGCCCGCCAAGUCCUGCCGCCAACGCCGCCUGGACGCCAAGAAGGCCGCCAUGGAGCGCAAGAAAGGAGGGAAGACGCCCACCCAGACCCCAGACAAGACCAUCAAGACAGAGACCAUCAAAACCGAGACCAUCCACAGAGAGUCCCCACACCCCCAGCAAGGCAAUAAAGCAAUUAAACAAGAGGUGAAGCCCAACAUCAAAAAAGAGCCGGUGGACCGCUACCAUUCCUACAACGGUGCCCUUCCACCAGGCUACCCGGUGCCGGUGCCCGUGCCAGGGGACGGCCAGGUGGCCGAGCCCUACGGCGGGGCCAUGAACCAGGCCUACCCGCACCCCUCCUACCCCGGAUACUAUGCAAGAGGAGGAGGCCUGCCCAUCAACGGCCAGCCUCCUGCAGGGGUGCCUCCCUCUGUCAACGGCCUGCACCCCAACCUCUCUUCGGCACUGCCUCCCUACGGAUACGGCAACUACCCCGCCAAAGCACUCUUUCCUCCCGAGCUCAUGGCGCACGGUGGCGGAUCGUGGCCCAAUGGUGCGGCAGCAGCGGCUGCGUCCUUUGACCAGAAGCCAGACGUCCAGAGCCUCCAAGCCCGGUUGGGUCACCCUUACCCGGAUCAAGCCGACCGGCAGCUCACCCCCUCCAACACGCCGCAGCCCCACGCCGGUCGACCGGGCCACACUCCCACGCCCGACGUCCACCGAGGAGGCACGCCGGUCAUCAAGCAGGAGCCCAUGGACGUGCCGGUGUACGGCAGUGGCAGCCAGAGCUUACCAGGCACCCCCAGCACUACCCCGCAACCAGACAACUGGGCCGGGCACAAGCCCAACGGCCUCAUGCCCAAAGGCUGGGAGGGUCCACACGGCAACAGCAGGCCAGGUGCUACGGACUCUCCCUUCACGCUGCAGCAGCAACAACAACAGACUCCCAGCCAUCACCCUCAGCACCCACCGUACGCCCAACAGCAACAACAGCAGCAGCAGCAGCAGCAGUGGAACCACUUCCACGGACGAAGCACCCCUAUGGCCUCCCCUGCUCCCUCCCCGUCGCCCUCCAUCAAGCAGGGCUACUCCCCCGCGCCGUCCCCCCACCCCACCACGCCGCGCCACUGGGAGAGCCCGUCGCCGGUCAGCGGCCAGCCGCCCAAAGCGUGGCCCGGUGGACCUCCGCCCGGCUUCGUGAAGAUGGAGAACCCCGCCGGAGGCUACCCCGACAAGAUGCUCUCGCAGGCGGGCCAGAGCCGGGGCUCCACGCCCCUGGGGCUCCAGGAGAAGGCCUGGCGGUCGGGCGGAGGCUCGGCGGCGGGCAGCACCCCGUCCCCGGCCCCCGAGGGACGCCUCUUCCCCGACGCCCUCCAGCGGCCCGACGCCCAGGGCUGCUGGACGCCCACGUGCAAGGCGGAGAGCGACGCCGAGAGCCAGGCGGGCGAUCGCGAACGCGACGAGAACGAGGUGUGGUCGGACAGCGAGCACAACUUCCUGGACCCGCACAUCGGCGGCGUGGCGGUGGCGCCGGCGCACGGCUCGGUGCUGAUCGAGUGCGCGCGGCGCGAGCUGCACGCCACCACGCCGCUCAAGUGGCCCGACCGCUCGCACCCCUCGCGCAUCUCGCUCGUCUUCUACCAGCACAAGAACCUCAACCAGCCCUGCCACGGCCUGGCCGUCUGGGAGGCCAAGAUGAAGCUGCUGGCCGAGCGCGCCCGCCAGAGGCAGCAGGAGGCGCUGCUGUACGGCCUGCCCCUGGACGAGGGCAAGGGCAAGAAGCGCAAGUGGCCCGCGGGCGCCACCAGCCCCAGCCCCGCUGCCGGAGGGCCGGCCAAGGACCACAGGAGCGGGGUGGCCACGCGGCUGGCACCCACACUCAACACCUCCUCCCUGGUCACCGUGUCCUCCUACGCCUACACGCAGCUCACCGGGCCCUACAGCCGACUGGUCUGAGCCUGCCGGCCAGGUGUCUGGUGCGGGUGUCUGGCAGGGAGGGCCCGGCGCGGCCGCGGGCAAGGGGAGGCACUCGGUGGGGACGUUUUGG